AUGGAAGCCGAGUAUACCCACCUCGCCGACAGGAUCCUGUCGCAAGCCCAAUCGCAUUCUAAACCACGCUUUCUGGUCGCCAUCGCCGGGGCUCCAGGAUCUGGGAAAACCACCACCGCAAAGGCUGUACAAAGACAUCUCAACGACCGCCUAGCCCGCUCCAAUGAUCUGAAUACUAGCGCUGCCCUCCUCUCAAUGGACGGCUUCCACCUCCCACGAGCUACUCUCGACACCCUGGCCAACCGUGAAGAAGCGUACGUCCGACGUGGUGCUCCUUGGACUUACGAUAUAGAGGGUUUCCUGCAGUUCGUGAGACAGUUGCGCUUGUGGGUAGAUACAAAUCCAACACAUCACAACCCCGUUCUUACCGCACCUACGUUUGACCAUCAUACCAAGGAUCCUGUCGCAAAUGGAUUCUCUAUUCAGCCGAAUAAGUCUAUUGUGCUCCUUGAGGGAAAUUAUCUGCUCCUUGACAAGGAAUACUGGCGCGAGGUUGCCCCGCUGAUGGACCUACGGGUUUUCCUCGAUGUUGAUUUGGGAAUUACAAGGAAUAGGCUUGCUAUGAGGCAUGUUGAGGCAGGUAUUGAGAAAACACUGGAUGAUGGCUAUCGCAGGGUGGACAGGAAUGAUUAUUUGAAUGGUUUGGAGAUACAGGAGAACUUGAUUACGCCGGAUGUGGUUUUGCAGAGUGCAGGGUAG